UGUUGCCAAUAACAUUUGUGAAUUUUCUUUAAGCAUAAAAAAUAAGUCUUCAUACAAAAAAUAUAAAUAAAUAAAAAUAUUUAGUUUACAUAGACAAGUAUUGAAAUUGUUUAAAUUAUAGAUUUGCUGUGUAAAACUAACUACAGAAAAAACGAGCUCACUUAACCAAAUAUUGAUAUGACCAAGGUUGUUGAAAAAACGACAGAUGACAAUAACUGCACUAAAUAUACGCCGCUACAGGCUAUCGAUGAGUUUGAUCUAAAGCAUGGAAUUCUUGAUUCAACAACUCCCAAAGAAACUUACUUGAGUGGCCGUUAUAAGAGAAGUUUUGCCUAUUACACAUUUCGCUAUCGUUUGCCUAAUACCUUGAGUUCUCUGCUAAAAUCUCUGCAACAGGAAUUGAAUGUCCACAUUUAUUCUAAGGAUGAAAUUGUUCGUGUUUUGGAAUGUGUAACCAAAUUGAAGAAUCAGCUGGAAAACGAUGCUCAACUCGAAAAAUUUCAACAGAAUGAAUCCGACAGCGAUUUAUGGAAUAAUUUUCUAUCCAGUUUGCCAUCUGGUGCCUCAUUCUUUAAGACAUGUUGGAUAUAUGCCGAGUGUUAUUUGUAUAGAAAGAUUUAUUCCUUCUUUGAAGCUUCCACGGAUGACUUGAGGGACUAUGAUUAUUUUGCUCCACAAAAGAUAAAUGCAUUGCAAAUUUCCGACAAUGCUAUGGAAGAAGUGCUGCUUAGCAUAAAAAGUGUAAACAAUUGCGAUACCCUUUCACAUAUGCUGAAGCUUAACCUUUGGGGUAAUAAAUGCGAUUUAUCCAUUAGUUCCGGCCAGGAAAUAAAACCCCUCGAUAAUCUGCAUAAACAAAUCGAUUGUCUAAAUGACAAUAUCUUAAUAGACAACAGCGCACAAAUAUGGGAUUGCCUGAAUAAGCCUGGCGCAAGUAAAUCAGUGGAUUUUAUAUGUGACAAUGCUGGCUUUGAAUUAUUUACCGACUUACUGUUGGCCCAGUAUUUAAUUGAAAAUAAAUUGGCCGAUGAAGUUCGUUUUCAUGUUAAGGCGAUGCCUUGGUUUGUCUCCGACACAACUUACAACGAUAUAAAGUACACUUUAAAGUACUUGGAAGAUCACAAAUCUGAGGUGUUAAACAAAUUUGGUAGGCAAUGCUCAAAGAACUUCAACGAAAACAGAUUUAAAUUGUGCCCACCGCUGGAGAAGGAGUAUUUUUGGACAACACCAUUCGAAUUUUAUAGAAUGCAAGAAGUAAGUCCAUCCUUGUAUGCUCAAUUGUGCUCAUCGUCGUUGAUAAUAUUCAAAGGGGAUUUGAACUAUCGCAAGCUCUUAGGUGAUUUUAAUUGGGAAACAACAAAUGAUUUUUCUAGUUGUUUGCGAGGCUUUCAGCCAUCCAACUUGUGCGCUCUACGCACUAUCAAAGGUCCUGUAAUAUGUGGCCUGAAAUCGGGUCAAGCGGAACAAUUGUUUCUGAAAAAGAUGGACUGGAUGUUCACGGGAGACUAUGCAGUUAUACAAUUUGCUGGCAAGAAUUCAGAGCAUAGCAUUAGCUAAAUUAAAGUAAAUACUAUAUAUUUUUUUUAAUAAAUGUAUAUUUUCUUGUUGUUGUUAUAUGUGUAUUUUUGUAUUUUUGUGUUUUUUUUUCUUAUUUUCUUUUUGUAUUGAUUCUACCAUAAUUUGUUAACUUUCUAGAACAAUUGUGUUAUUGAUUUUAUCGAUUUUUUUUUUUUUUUGUUAUUUUAUGGGUCGAUUAUGGAUUGCAACCCAACUUCGGUUGAGUUGCCAACGGCCAAAUUUUUUAAAGAAAUUAGUAGCUAUUAGUAGCUUCAAACUGAUAUUGAAUGAAACUGAGAAAAAUGUCAAAAAAAUUUACUAUUUUUAUUUCAUGGUUUUAUCUCCUGGCAACUCAACUAUAGUUGCGCGACAAUCCAUAAUCGACCCCUUAUUCUAUUAUAAUUAUGUUGUUUUAAAAUAAGUGUUUGACGCUUAAUAAAUAUGUGCGACUUAUCCAAAAAAUUUUUUUUUUAAUUUAUCGAGUGAAAUUUCCCCACAAUUAUAAGUCUUUAUAAGUAUAUAUGAAUGAGCCUGCCUCUUUAUUGUUCAAAAAAACGAAUAUCAGAAGGAAAAACUCCUCCUCAUAGAAUGCGAAUUUAGGUGAGUGUCAACUCUCACAAAAAUCCAUAAAAAACAAAGAAAACCAAACUGAGAUACAGCGGAAUAAAAUAAAUAAAAACAUCGUUGUUGAUGCUAAACAUUUUAAACGUGAAUUAAUUAAUAAAAACACAAAUUAGUACUAUUAACUGAAAA